CUCGGUUUAUGCCGGUACUUCCAGCGUCUCAGCCGCAAUAACUAUGGUGAAUAUUUCGAGCUUCCGUCUAAUUCUAGUUGCGGCUGUAGGUGCCGUUGUUUUGAUCAUGAUUCUAGACGAAGCCACGUUCGGUGCGAGUGCAGAACCCAGAGUUUCAUUGAAGCUUCCUCCAAAACUUAGCUCUAAACUUAAACCGAUACGAGGGGGUCGUAAACCUUUGUCAGCUAAGAAACCUUUGAAACCUGUUGGAUCUGCCAAACCAGCCUCAUCGGCCAAACCAUCUCGACCUACGUCACCUUCUUCAACUGGUAAAUCUACUAUAAAUCGUACCCCUCCUAAAGAUGCCCCACCUGCUGGACCUCCUAAACCACCAAGAGUUACAAGCGAACAUGUUGAUACAGUCCUUACAGGUGCGGCAUCUACUCUGAGCAAUGUGGCCAACACUAAACUCAUGUAUGGCAGCUAUGGUGCCGGUGUUUAUGGUGCGGCCGGAAGGACCGGCGUUGCAGGCGCUGCUGGAGCUGCUGGAGCUGCUGCAACUUCUGAACAUUCUGAAACUACAGAGGAAGCUGAAGGUGCAAGCUCCCAGGCCUAAGCAGCGAAAAACAUCUUGCCGCAUCUGUGCUCUACAAUAAAAUGAAAUGUAGAGUAAACAUUUUUUCGGUGUAUGGACUCACAUGCACAUAGCCAUUGUUGAAGUAAAUAAACAUCUAGUCGAAACGGG